GGGAUUAGGAACUCUUCAGAUCCCAGAGCUCCGAGGCGGUAACACCUCUGGCUCCACCCCUGUCAUACCUCAGAUGGUGGAGACUGAGACCGCCAAUAGCCGGGAGACAGGUUGCGCAGGCGCACAGAGUAGGGAGGGAAGUUCGAAUGGCUGCGGCGAGGGAACCGCGGACAGCGGAUCGUACAGAAGACUGCGUGGAUGGUCCCGGCCCGGACCCACCUGGCCGGGAGAGGAGAGAAACGAUCCCGGCUGCCUUGGCUCUGGCGCAGAGGCUUCGCGAGGCCCUGUGUGACCGACAGGAACGGGUGGUGGAAUCGCUGCUGAGAGCUGGAGCUGACCCUAACCUGGUGCUGUCCGAUGGUGUGGCUGCGGUCCACCUGGCGGCAGGGAGCGAGCACGAGAGCAGCCUGCAGUGCCUGAUGGUGCUGCUGCGGCACGGAGCGAACCCCAAUGCCCGGUCUGAGGAUGCCCUGACCCCUGUGCAUGUAGCUGCAUCCUGGGGCUGUUGCAAGUGCCUGAAACUCCUUCUGAGGGAAGGAGGGGACCCGGAGCUUCAGGACCAGGAUGGGAAACAAGCACUGGACCUCGCCCUGGAGCAGGGGAACAAGGAGUGUGUUGAGAUCUUGAGGGAACAUACUGGCCCCCAGGAAGCGCCCUCUUGCCAUGCCCUUUGCAGAGGGGAGGAUCGAGGUGGCAGCCCCUUCUCAGCCCUGAAUGGAGAGGACCUUGACACCAGCAUCUGGGGACUUUCAGAUAGGACAUUUAGCCCAGGGCCUCUGGGCAGCAUAGUCAGAGCCCAGCUGGAUGGGAGUGAGGUGGAGAGGACAGCUUUAGGGGCUGGGCACAGCCUCCCAAGCCAGCCUCUCCCAGCUCAUCUUCAGCUCUCACAGGAGAAAGGACUCAGGAUGGAUAAAGUCUCUGAACCUGACAUCAGCUUCCCUGCACCUCUCUCACCCCACCCCACAUCCACACCUCUAGCUCCUAGGUUGGGCUCUGUGCCCCACCUGGGACAGGAUGAUAUCUCCCCAGACCACAGCUGCUUCUUUUACCUAGGCCCAGAUUAUUCCUGGAAAGCUCAAACUGAGACACCUCCCAGUUCUCCCCUGGCUGAAACAGGCAGCUCCUCUAACGAGUCCUUCUUCACUGCAGUGGAAGUCUGUGGCCCUGAUGCCCAGGCACCCAGGGCUGUCCCUUCCAGCUCAGUCACCCCAGAGGCUCCUGGGGCUGUACCACUUCAGCCCAAAAAGAGUGGGAGUGGGUCCCAGCCAGGCAACACUGCAGAGUCCAGCCCCACCCAAAUAUUGCCUGUGGACAUGGGCUCCCCAGAUAGCAAAGCUCCCCAGACAUCAGGGCCCCUGAAGAAGGAUGUGACCUACGCAUCCCUGAGGGCCGAGCUCAGGGCCAUGAUACUGAAUACCUGGCACUCCCAGCCCACUCUGGAUGAAUCAGACAUGAUACCAGCCAUGACAGACCCUGUGAUCCACCUGAAUGCUCAGCUGAGGGGACUGGUGCUGGGUUCCCCCCCAGAGCCCCAAGAUUUUGGGAUAUCCUGCAAGCUUAAGGGCUUGAGCUCCCACAAUAGAGAGGGCAGUAUCACUUCUCAUUCUGGCAAUAGUGGGGAGCAAGGCCCACCCCCAAAGAUACCUCCUGGAAGGUAUGGCCCAGGCUCUGGGGGUAAUGAGAGUCCUAGGGAAGGAAAGUACCUAACCCUGGACAGUUUAGAGGUGGCCAGAGCAGCUCUCCCCACCACCCAGACUGGCAACUUGGCAGAAUUCACAGAAGACAACCCCUUUAAUGACUUCCUAACUGAUGACCAAACUUCCCAGGGUAGUGAGGAUGGGGCCAACAUAUGGCUGACAGAGGAUGGUGAAGAUGAGGAGGACCAUGUCCUCCAAGGCCUCAGAGUCAGCACCAACCAGAAUUGCAUCCGAAAGCCUCCAGAGCCAUCGAGGGCACGUCCAAUCCUGCAUCCCAAACAGUUCCCUGUGGGACAGUCUCUGCAGCCUUCUAGGCCAAAGCCCACAGAACAUAUACAUACUGAUCCCAAGGCUGGGCUCAAGUUGCCAGUGCACACUGAGGACAUAAUCACGGAUAGACGAAUUAACUGUGAUCCAUCUACACCUUUCCCACCACAAGACCCUUCAACCCUGUCCAACCAGGAGCUGUUGAAGCAUCUCCGGGCCCUCGGGGAGAGCCCAGGCCCUAUCACUCCCUUCACCAGACAAUACUAUCUGAGGCGACUGAAGGAGGGGAGCCUUAGGGGGCCAGCUGCCCCAACAAGGUACAGCCCAGAACUGACCCUGGCCCUGCAGACAGGCUGUGUCCCUAAUGCCCAGGAUGAUGAGGAUGUCCUGGCCCAGCAGUUUGACCAGCCAGACCGGACCCAGAGGUGGCGAGAAGGGAUUGUUAAGUCAAGUUUCACCUACCUGCUCCUGGAUCCAAGGGUGACCCAGAACCUGCCUGCCCGAUGCCAUAUCCUGAGCCCAGCUGAAUGCUUCCAGACCUUUAUCCAUGCCAUCUUCUAUGUGGGCAAGGGCACUCGAACUCGACCAUAUUCCCACCUCUCCGAGGCCCUGAGCCAUCAACGGAACAGGCAGAAGCAGGUGCUGGGAUCGGGAGGUGGCAGAUGGCGAGGUGUGGAAUGGGGUGGGGGGUACAAAAAGGCAUGGCCAAAUUGUUGGAUCCAAGACCUAGUUUCUCUCCUCACAGACUUGCCCCAAGGUGCAACACAUCCUGGACAUUUGGGCAACUGGCCAUGGUGUGGUCUCUCUGCACUGCUUCCAGAAUGUCAUUGCAGUAGAAGCCUAUACUCGGGAGGCGUGCCUGGUGGAUGCCCUUGGGAUGCAAGUGCUCUCCAAUCAGAAGAAGGGCCACUACUAUGGGGUAAUAGCAAGCUGGCCGCUCCAUCGGCGCAGACGGCUGGGUGUACACCUGCUGCACCGGGCUCUGGGCAUCUUCCUGGCAGAAGGGGAACGGCAGCUUCGGCCUCCAGACGUCCCAGUUGGUACUUGAAUGGCUGCAUCCUCCUCUGGUUGUUGAAGCAGGUCUGUGAGCGGCUCUUCCUGUCUCCAGAGUUGCAGACCAGACCCAAGAGGCCAUCAGAGAUCCAAGGCAGCAGGCACUGAGUGGCCCUAAGAUGGGAAGGCUGGUCUCCGAGGGUUCCCAAGACAUGCAAGUGGCUCUGCCAGGUGUCCAGGCCUGAGGAGAUCCUGUGUGUGCCUGCCAGUCACUCACUGGCCACAUAAAACAGUAGCGACAGCCUCCAAGGAUAGGGGCUCUGGACACAUCUCCAACUGUUGGGAGACCGAGGAACCUACAGCAGGUAGCUGUGCCUGCUGAAUUUGGCUCCCUCAUCUCUGCUGAAAGCAGAGACCUUGCCAACAGUCCUAGCUCUUCCUCUGUGGGAAGGCUGCCACUGUCCUUAAAGGAGCCAAAGGGUUUCUGUCUUAGGAAUGGGCGCCUGGCCGCUGCCUCCCCUCCCAAUUUCUGGCUCUGGGGAUGCAGGCCUCAGUACAUCCAGAUGUCAGUGCUGUUGGUAGCCCAAGGGUUUUCAAGGCCUUGUGACAUUGAUGACGGAAUUAUUAGCCACAGAAUCCUAGCAUGCCAAUGAUGGGAGGAGCUCUUAUCCACCCACUUCAUUUUAUAGAUAUGAAAACAUUUUAUAGGUAUGAAAACUAUGGCCCAGACAGGAGAAGGGCCCCACCUGAUGCCAUGGGGGCCUGUACAUGAAUAGCAGUGCUGACUCAAACCCCGGGAUCCUGAUUCCAAGGCAAACUGAGCCCACAUGAGAGUCUUUUUUAUCCCUAUUUACAGAAGCAGUAUGAUUAUUUUUCUUUCUCCUCACUUUUAUCCAUGAAGAACCCGAGUCUCAGAGAGGGCACAUCGAUUUGCCUAGUCACACAGCUAGUUUCUACUGGUGGAGCCUUGAAGUGUGCCCUAUUAUUCUUUCUAACCCCAGCCCCUAUUGAAUAAUCGGAUUGCCAAAUGGCUGGGCUGAUUUGGUGGGUGAUAGAAGAGUUAGGGGCCAGUAGAAUGGAACUCCCUGCCAUGUAGACAGUGCUCUGGGCCCCAAACUGUACCCUCUACAUAGGAUCCCCCACAGAAGUGGCUGAAGGCUCUUCCACAUCUACUUAAGCUCAACCUUCUACCAUAGGUCUUAACCUGGAGUUUGUGAACUUUAAAGUGUCCUAUUUUGAUAAUUAUAUUUUAGUCUAAUUGGU